AUGUUUUCCGAACCUCAGACCUCUGCCAAUGAGCAGUCUCAGAGCCAAGUGAUCGACAAGACAACAGGCCCCACCACCACUUCCUCAGUGCCUGUAGAUGCUAUUCAACACCUGUCACGCACAACAACAGCUUCCACACAAGUCGCCAAGGGUAAUGCUACCAUCACUGUCAACAGUGCUGAUCCGCUGGAUCUUGGCAAGCACCGCCGAUCAAACGUAACCCAGGCACAGAUGAAGGCCGAUUAUCCUCAGGCCAACAAGAAACGUAUGAAGAAAUUCUACACAAGGCAAAACCAACUGAUCGACCAGUUUCUUCAAAGUGGAGACGAGGAGCGGUUGGCUGCUCUAGACACGAUCGAGAACGGACCGAAAGUGAAGUUCGCCGUCAAUGCUUCCUUUGUCGUCAACUUCUGCCUCUUUAUAAUUCAGAUGUACGCCGCAGUUUCCACGGGUUCAUUAUCUCUGUUUGCGACUGCAGCAGAUGCCUUUAUGGAUCUUGUGUCCUCAUGCGUCAUGCUUGUCACCAGCCGGAUGGCAGCACGGCCAAGCGUUUACAAGUAUCCCGUCGGCCGUACCAGGAUAGAAACUAUCGGUAUCAUCAUGUUCUGCUGUUUGAUGACGACAGUCGCCAUCCAGCUAAUCAUCGAGUCGGGACGAGCACUAGGUGCUGGUGCUAAAGAGGCCGAAGAACUUCACAUCAUACCUAUUGCUUUCGUAGCAGUGGCCAUUUUUGCCAAAGGUUCGCUAUGCGCCUACUGCUUCAUCUUCCGCCGCUACCCUUCCGUCCACGUCUUUUUUAUAGACCACCGCAAUGACAUUGUCGUCAACGCCUUUGGUCUUGCCAUGUCCAUUGUUGGUAGCCGCGUCGUCUGGUAUGUCGACCCCAUUGGCGCCAUCCUCAUCGGUCUCUUGAUCCUUGUAUCCUGGGCCGCCAACGCAUUCGACCACGUCUGGCUUCUAGUCGGCAAGUCCGCCCCGAAAGAGUUUUUGUCCAAGCUCGCGUACCUGGUCGUCACACACGACAACCGCAUCGAAAAGGUCGAUACAUGCCGUGCCUACCACGCCGGGCAGAAAUACUACGUCGAAGUCGACAUCGUCAUGGACGAGAAUCUGCCCCUCAAAAUCACCCACGACGUCAGCCAGACGCUGCAGCGCAAGCUCGAAGGUCUCGCCGACGUGGAGCGAGCCUACGUGCACGUCGACUACGAAGACGAGCACGACAUCAAGGAAGAGCACAAGCCGCUGUACGAAGUGACGCAGCAGCGCUCUAUCAAGGAGCGCGUCAAAGCCUUGAGGUACAUCUUCAAGAAGAGCAGCGCGGCUUGA